AUGGACUCAGACUCUGGAGGAGUGUUGGAGGCAGGUUAUCCAGCCUUGCCUCCAGCUCUGCGGGCAGCCCUGGGCGAUCCCGUCUCGCUCCUGGCCUUGGAGGACUGGCACAAGACACAUUCAGGGCUACCGGAGGAGCAGCAGGGCUUCGAGUCCAAGCUUCUGGCUUGCGAGGCGCGCUUUCGAAAGAUCGAGCGCCUUUCCGAUCGGCUCACCCUGCCAAAUGCCGUGGUCACUGCGGUAGCGGCAGACUUGCUCCGAGACGUGGUGGACACACUGCCAGGUCCCAUCCAGAAAGUGGCAAGCAGCAUCUUGCGGCAAGUGGAAACGUCUAUUUACAGCGACGAACCGACAAGCAUCGCAGAGCGAACCCAACUGGCAGAGGUGCUCGGAGGGGGCCCCGGUGGUUGCCGGCCAGGCCGCGAAGACCUCAGCGAGCGGCAGCCCUGGUUUGCCGUCGUCCGGCGCCAGCAAGUCACACUGGAGCGAAUGGAGCAGCACGUUGCUGAGAUGCAGGAGGUGGUGGACCUCCACUUGGCUAGACGGAAGAGUGUGCUUGAUUUCAUUGUGCGACUGCAGGGCCAAGAGCGUCUGAUCCUUCAGCAGUGGCUCUUCAAUUUCUGGGUCUUCACAUACCGAGAAAGGAAGGCCCGCAUGGAGAAGAUGUCUACCUCUGUGCUUGCAGUUCCAGAUGACCUCGUCACACCGCUUCUGAGCUGGCGGCUCUAUGUAUCUCAGCAGCGCUUGGUGCGGGCACGCGCCAAGUGCGCGGAAGUCGACAAGGAGGCCUCGCAGCUGGCCAACAAGAUCACGGAGGUUGAGGUGGAGAACCAAGAGCAGCAACGGCUGCUUGAGGAGUCCUUGGCGGCAGGUGCCGAGCUGAAGGAGAAGUGCAUGGUGGAGCAGCAGGAGCUCUCCCGGCUCAAGCAGGUCUGGGCAGACACCCAGCCAGAACUGCUGCUGAAGGUCUUGGCGCAGACCCUGGAGGUGUUCUUUGGAUUGGUCGUGCGUCAGGCAGGCCUAAAGCACUUGGAGGUGCGUCACCGGCUGGCUGGAAAGGACAUCCGGCCCCUUCUCGAGGACGAUGAUGCCAGUGUCCCCGACACUGAAGCCAUCCUCAUCAGGUGGAUCAACCUGACUUUGCAGAAGGCACGCCGCCACUGCGAAGAAUGGUUGGAAGAUCUGCUACUCGUGGAGAACCAGGAUGCAGUUAUCAUGAUUUCGCAGCAGGAGGACAUUGACAAUCUGGAGUAUGACUUAUCGGAUGGCGUUGCGCUCACGGCCCUUUAUGCCAUGUUGAAGGCAGAGCGCGACCAAAAGAGGUUCUCUGAAAAGGACUUGAUCGCGCUGUCUGAGCCAGACAAAGAACUGCGAACUAUCCAGCUGUGUCACUGCUUCUUGGAGCUGGCUCCUACCGAGAGGGCAAAGUGCUUGUUGGUUCCCCACGAGAUUAUGCAAGGUUCCUCGGACAAGCUGCAGACCUUCCUUGCUGCAGUGUUUGUGGAGUAUCCAAUGAUCCAGGAUGCCCGUGCCUCCGGUGCUGCGGCUGAGGCGCUUUACGACAGGCUCUGCAAGGUUCUGGACUACAUGGAGGCCUUUGCUGGCCGCGCAGGCCACGAGCCACUUGAGGAUCCCACUCCACUGCUCCACGGUGGCGAAGAGCCCCAGGCCCUGGCGACGAUCUCGGUGGAGCAGAUCCUGCUGCGGUGGAUCAAUGCGCAGCUGAGCAUGGAUAACCCUCAACACAGGCCCGUUGAAAACUUCGGCUCCGAUCUGCAGGACGGCGUUGCGCUGUCCAAGCUUCUCACCAUCAUAGCACCAGAGGCUUGCCCUGUGCUAUUCUCUGAGAGCCGGGAAGAGCGCUUGGACCAGAUCAUCGCAGCAGCUGCACGGUGCAGUGACUACGAGCUUCUGACAGUCAACGCAGUUGUUGAGGGGCAAUCGGACAUGUUGGCCUGCUUCUUGGCAGCCUUGCUGCUGGUACGUCCAAACCUGUCGGCACAGCCAGACUCGCUUCUGGCGAUGCAUUUGCAGCUUUUGGAACAGGUCUGUGGCGAAGGCUUUGCAGCUUUGUCUCUGGACAAUCCGACCGAAACCAUGAAGUUUUGUUUGGAGCUAGACGGUUGCUGGACUGAGUUCCGGCUUGCGGCGCAAGCUGUGCAGGAGGCCUCGAAGACAAUGUCUGGUAUCAUGGAGCGUGUGCAUGGUUUCUUGGGUGAAACACUGUCCCAUCGGGCCAGGGGCCAACCCAAAACCAUGUUGGAUGCCAAGGAAUUACGUGAGUUCCACCUCUACACAGCUGUGAAUGCUGAUCGACUCUCACAGACCCUCGCCAAGGAGGCGGGCAAGGAGUCCGAGAAGCUCGAAGCUGCUGUCAUCGCCAAGCUCGAGGACCAACUCCGGCGGCAUUUUCGUCUGCUGCGGGACAUCUACAAGCACUACAGCAGCUCAAGCCCUUCGGGUGGCCAUGGGGUUGCCUUGGAGGGGCUCUUGAAGCUCUUUCAGGAGUGCAAACUCCGGUCCAAGGAGCUCGCGCCCCACCACCUGGAGGUGAUCUUCAACGACCACCUGGAAGACAAGAACAAAACAGGCGAGGACCGUCUGCUGGCCUCCCAUGAGUUCGUUGAGGUACUCGUCCAAUGCGCGAACAAGAAGUUUCGUACCGCCUGCAGCUCUCCAGAUAACUUGGCAGAACAGAUGCUACUUCUGAUUGACCUCCACCUGAGGCCAAAUGCCUGCAAUGAUGCUGAGAGCAUGUUCCAGAAAAUGGCCUACAGUCCAGAGGUCCGUCACGUUCUCGAUCAACAUUCUCGCGAACUGAAGGAUGUCUUCCAGCUCUAUGCGACGCUGGAUAUGUCGACAACUGAUGCCAUGCAGCGGGCAAGCACGAUGAACAUUACUGAGUUCCAGAUGCUGCUUGAUGACACUGGCUUUCUGGAUGAGGCUUUGACAGAGGUUGCAGUGCAGCAGAUCUUUCAAGGCAUUCAGCAAGAUGCCACAGCGGAUGAGGAGGACAAUGGUGGAGAGAAUGAAGAUGGGGCAGGCUUGGAUGAUGACGAUGAAAUGUCAUUCUCGGAAUUCUUGGAUGGUCUCGUGGCUGUGGCCGCUUACAAGUUUCCAGACCCCUUUAUUCCACUCAGCUCACGCAUCAACACUUUCCUGCUGCAGCUUUUCAUGGCCUUGCGCAAGCAUUGGAGUCGCAAGCGCGGUGCACCACAUUGUGAUGCAAUGCUCAACGCGUUGCAGAAGAAGAUGAGGACAUUUCACCUGAGAGGACGACGAUACCAAGUUCUUCCGCAAGGACCCCUGAAGAAUCUCACAGAACAAGAUUCUCCACAGGCUCGGCGCGAGCUCAUGCGCUCCGUUCGAACGCCAGCUUCCAUCCGACUCCGACCGGACCCUGUUGAUUGUGGCGAAGAUGGCAUCGUGGCGGUGAACCUGGCUCGCCCCUUCGAUCUUGCUAGCUCUGGGCGAACAGUGCUGCGGGCGAGGCAGCGUGCUGCCUUCCAAGCUGCGGUGUCAAGGGUGCUCAGUGAUCGUGGUCAGAUGGAUCUUCGAGCGCAGGUGACUCACUUCAUUGGUGGGCCUUGCGAAGAGGAGAAGGUCGCUUGCUGCGUUGUUGCUUCUUCAUCUGGUUACAGCAUCGUGCAGGAUGACGCCUGCCUGCUAGCUGGGUUGUCAGUGGCCGAGGAACUGGCAUCGUCUGCGCCCGGAGCGGCCGCAGAAGGUGCAGCCGCAGCGCUGCGGCUGUCUGCAAUCGACCCAGCCGGAGCUGGAGUAUCCUCAAUUUCAACAAUUGACACAGAUGAUGGAAAAGAGGAGGUGCCAUCCGGAGUCACAAAGCGUCGCCGAAUUGAGCCUGAGGCGGCUGAUGGAAGCCCAACCGCGAAUCUUGCGCAUGAUCCGUCUGUGCGGGUUUUCGUCUACUGGGGCUAUGCUGGCUGGAGCCGAUGUCAGCUGAUGGGCGAAAUUGCGCGAGGCAGCUGGGGAUUGUGCAAGGCUAACACCCAGGAUGUGGUCUCCAAAAGCCCUGACGAGGUUUGGCACGCAGUUUAUCCUCGAUUGGUUUUUGCUCCCAAAAGUGAAAUGAGUGAGUCGUAUGGAGGAGAGUCACCGGAAGAGGAGGAGCGGCGCCAACAGCUGCGUCGCAUGGCCAUCAUCCAUGACCUCCUCACUGGCAGACAAGCAGCUUCCCGUUCCGAAGAGGAAGAGGCUACCAACGAAGCAGAGGAGGAGGAGAAUCAACAUGGAGCUCAAGAGCGUGCUGCCCUUGCAGAAGAGCUAGAGGCGGCGGACGCGGAGUCCGAGGAGGCCGAGGAGAGUGCGCCCAUCGUGGAUGAGGAUGUGAGUGGCGAAGAGAACUGUGACGACUGUGAGGAGGGACAGGGAACCAUGCCGCCUGUGCCGCAGACUGUGACGGUGCAGGAAUGA